UCAAGAUCCGGGGGGGGCCAGCUAGGGCAUCACCGGGCAGAACGUUGCUUCCAGUCGACCUGGCUCGGCACCGGGCUGGGCAACUGGAGCGCCUUUUCCAAUGGCGGACCUUGAUGAUGAGUCCUCCGAGGAGACUGAAUCCUCCGAGGGGUCUGAUAUGGAUGUCAUUGAGGAAGCGGCCGAACGUGGGAGGGAGCCGCAUCCACGGGUCAUCAUGAGCUCAUGGCACAUUCAACUGUCCAUGGCUGCUACUCGUGGGGACCGACCGUGGGAAUGCCGCUUACCAUCUCACCAAGUAGCGCGCUUGAAGCAAGCGGGAUGGAUAGGCCAAGCUUACAUGCAGCUUAGAGGGCUACGUGAGGCCUUCGAAGAGAUCCCCAACGCAGGUGCAAUGCCAGAAUCGAGUUCUACCGGAUCCGCCGUGGUACUUUAUUCGGUACCUUUGUUCCAAGAGCGGUUUCUUCCUUUGUGGGUGAAGAACCCAUCCGCCAUCCACUCCUGGAUCAACUUUGUCAAGAGCCAAGAGAAGGGUUUAGGAGCCACACAUUGUCCGGUGCGUCACUUGAAGUGUCCAGUGCCACACGGCUUAGAACGGCUGAAGUGGCUUCAAAAGAUCUACGGUGAGAUGCAAGCAACAGGCAAGCAGGGUCCUCGAUUCCACCGGAAGGCCACACAUGCAUCAAUGACCGUGGGAGAUGUGGUAGCCAUUGAAGAGCACACGUACAUGGCCGCCUUUGAUGGUUUCUAUGUGGUGAAUUUGAAUAGAGCUGAUGGGCAUGAUGUGAAUGAUGAUUUCGUUCGAAUGGAAGACACCUUCGGGAUUGGGGAGGAGGAUGGAAAGAAGGUGCUUCAACUUGAAGAGAAAGGGGCCCGGAAGGGGAAAGGGAAAGGAAAGGGCAAAAGGAACAAGAAGAACAAGGGACAUGAUCUCGAGCAUACAUGGCCAGGCAAGGGUGGCAAGGGUGGCGAUGGUGGGAACACGAACCACACAGAAGAGCAAAGUGGGCAGCCAGGCAAAGGCAAGAAGAAGAACAAAAACAACAAGUGGCAGAGCAAACCCACUGAAGCACCUCAGAAUUACGGGAGUCCGAAUGGGGAUGGAUUUGCAAAGGGCAAGGGCAAGUCCAAGGGCAAGAAGGGCUCGAAGGGCUCAAAGGGCUGGUGGCAGAACAAGCAGUCCGGAGAAGCGCCGCCCAAUUACGGGAGCGUUGAGGCUGAUGGUUGGGGGAAAGGCGUUGACGCCGGAUUGGGGAAAGGUGCGAAGGGCAAGGGCAAAUCCGGCAAGAGCAAGGGCAAGGGCUGGUGGAGCAAAGCGGAUGGACGGACUGAUGAGAAUGCAGGAUAUGGUGGGUGGGGGAAAGAGGGGAAGGGGAAGGGCAAAUCCAAGGGAAAGCAAGGCUGGUGGUCAAAUUGAUGGGAAGGUUCCUGAAAUUCCCAGGCGACUAGUCAGCGAUUUUCAAUUCGAUUGGUUGAAGAUGUCACAGUCAUUGAUUUCAUUGCGAGCAGAAGACUUUAGCUUCUGAGAUGAUUUGAGAGGAAAUGCCAAAUUAUUGACAAACACAGAUGUUCAAUAAUGCAAGUCUGCUCAAAGAGAGCAUGACCACAGGUUUCAAUUUCAAGAUUUACGCGCUCCAAAAAAGUUGCCAUGAUGCUUUAUGAUGUACAUUCUGAUUUGCUGUACGGUGGGAGUGCACUUGUGAUUCAGC